AAUUCCAUGAUCAGAAACUAAAAUAUCUGCUACGCCGCCAUGGAAAACUCCUAUAAUGCAGCCGCCGUCCGUGAUCAUAACGAAUCAUCCAUCUCCGACGUGGACGCAUCCCGACCGUCGCUAGGUUUCCCUUUAGGAACAGCUCUUCUUUUAAUAGUAAUAUUCAGCCUUAGCGGCAUCUUCUCAUGUUGUUAUCACUGGGAUAAAAUUCAAUCUCUCCGGCGAUCACUUAAUUCCAACUCCGACGACCACCACGAUCUAGAAGCAGAUGAUGUAAACAACCCUUCAUCUCCUUCCAAACCCACUCCUCCUUCUUUUCUUUCUAAUAAGAUAGAAAUACAAAGUUUGCCUGUGAUUAUGCCGGGAGAUCGACUCCCUAAGUUCAUAGCACUGCCUUGUCCAUGUCAACCGCCAAGACCACCGGCGAAAAAGAUCUUCUUACAGCCGAUUAAGCCGGUUAAGCCGCCGCCAAUUGCCAUUCCUUUUUAUUAAUUUUUUUUAUAUCAUUUUAAUGUAUAUAUACCACCGCUUCUAUUUUAAUUACUUAUUUUAUUUUAUCAUUUAGAUUAUUUU